UGUCAGCAGCAAGGACAGACGCUGCGCCGCGAGCGUCGCAUCAGUGUAAUCACUUCACCGAGGAGCAGAGCGCGCAGCCCACGGAUGUCGGUGACAGCGAUACAAACACACACUCACACUGGACAGACGACCGGCGAACUGCUUCAAUUUUCUCCAAGUCAACGCCACGGACUAGCGUUAGUUAUUAAGGUUCUGGAUAAGACAAUGAAGCUAGUUUUUUGAACGAGUUUUAUCGCCAUAUGCGGCAUUUGACGACAACUGAUAACGGGAAUUCCGACGCAUUGCACGUUAAGAUUUAUAGCGCCAAUUCCAGCAGGCGCGUGACUCAAGCCGUACGGUUACCGGGCGGGUGAACUCCGUGAUUUCCACCACGAGCCGGUGCUGGACAAGCCGACCCGCCAACCGGGAGAAGAGCGAGCGGGAAACGCAGUGUUUGUUUGGCUGUUGUUGGUCGGUGGCGCGAGGAGCAAUGCGUGUGUUUCUGCUGGCGGUGCUCCUCUCGUGCUCCUGCGCGCGGGCCGGCUGCGAGCCGAAGAUAGUGAACAUCGGGGCCGUCCUGAGCCAGAAGAGGUACGAGCAGGUCUUCAAAGAAGCCGUGACCUCGGCCAACCAGAUAUACGGCCGGGACAAAUUCAAGCUCACCGCCAUCUCCGUAACGCAUAAACCCAACGCCAUCCAGAUGGCCCUCUCCGUCUGCGAAGAUCUCAUCUCCAGCCAGGUGUAUGCCAUCCUGGUGAGCCACCCGCCCCAGGCCAACGACCACCUGACGCCCACCCCCGUCUCCUACACCGCCGGCUUCUACCGCAUCCCCGUGGUCGGCCUCACCACACGCAUGUCCAUCUACUCUGACAAGAGCAUCCAUCUGUCCUUCCUUCGGACGGUGCCCCCGUACUCCCACCAGGCCCACGUGUGGUUCGACAUGAUGCGGGAGUUUCGCUGGAACCACAUCAUCCUCAUCGUCAGCGACGACCACGAGGGGAGGGCCGCCCAGAAGAGACUGGAGACUCUUCUGGAGGAGAGAGAGACCAAGAAUAAAAAAAGGAACUAUGAAAACCUCGACCAACUGUCCUAUGACAACAAGCGAGGACCCAAGGCAGAGAAAGUCCUCCAGUUCAGCCAGGAGACUAACUUAACGGCCCUGCUGUUGGAGGCCAAGGAGCUGGAGGCCCGCGUCAUCAUCCUCUCCGCCAGUGAGGAGGACGCGGCGGCGGUCUACAAAGCCGCGCGUCUCCUCAACAUGACGGGCUCCGGCUACGUUUGGCUGGUGGGCGAACGCGAGAUGUCGGGUAAAGCCCUGAGCGAGGCGCCAGACGGUCUCAUCGGCCUCCAGCUUAUCAACGGGAAGAACGAGUCGGCGCACAUCGCCGACGCGGUGGCGGUGGUGGCUCAGUCCAUCCAGGAGCUGUUUGAGAAGGAGAACAUCACAGAGCCUCCUAGAGGCUGCGUUGGGAACACCAACAUCUGGAAGACGGGGCCGCUGUUUAAACGAGUACUGAUGUCUUCCAAGUACCCAGAAGGCCUCACAGGAAGAGUGGAGUUCAACGACGACGGCGACAGGAAAUACGCUCACUACAGCAUCCUGAACUACCAGAAUCGCCGUCUCAUUCAAGUCGGCAUCUACAAUGGAACGCAGGUGGUGAUGAACAACCAGAGAAAGAUCAUCUGGCCUGGAGGAGAGACAGAGAAACCCAGAGGCUUCCAGAUGUCCACUCGUCUAAAGAUCGUGACCAUCCAUCAGGAGCCCUUUGUGUACGUGAAGCCCACCAGUCUGGACGGCACGUGUAAGGAGGAGAUGACGUUAAACGGGGUGUUAAUUAAAAAGGUGAUCUGCACUGGGCCCAAUGAAACCAUCCCAGGACGCCCAAUCGUACCGCAAUGUUGUUACGGGUUCUGUGUCGACCUGCUGAUCAAGCUGGCGAUGACCAUGAACUUCACCUACGAAGUUCACCUGGUGGCUGAUGGGAAAUUUGGAACGCAAGAGCGGGUGAAUAACAGCAACAAGAAGGAGUGGAACGGCAUGAUGGGGGAGCUGCUGGGCGGGCUGGCAGACAUGAUCGUGGCCCCGCUCACCAUCAACAACGAAAGGGCCCAGUACAUAGAGUUCUCAAAGCCCUUCAAAUACCAGGGCCUCACCAUCCUUGUUAAAAAGGAAAUACCGCGCAGUACGCUGGACUCGUUCAUGCAGCCGUUCCAGAGCACACUGUGGCUACUGGUGGGUCUGUCGGUGCAUGUGGUGGCGGUGAUGCUUUACCUACUAGACCGGUUCAGCCCGUUUGGAAGGUUUAAAGUGAAUAGUGAAGAGGAAGAAGAAGACGCCCUCACCUUAUCGUCUGCCAUGUGGUUCUCCUGGGGAGUGUUGCUGAAUUCUGGAAUAGGAGAAGGAGCACCGAGGAGCUUCUCAGCGAGAAUCCUUGGUAUGGUGUGGGCCGGAUUUGCCAUGAUAAUAGUGGCUUCCUAUACUGCCAACCUGGCUGCCUUCCUGGUGCUGGACCGGCCUGAGGAGCGCAUCACCGGCAUCAAUGACCCGAGACUGAGGAACCCCUCGGAUAAGUUCAUCUACGCCACGGUGAAGCAGAGCUCUGUGGACAUCUAUUUCCGGCGGCAGGUGGAGCUUAGUACCAUGUACCGCCACAUGGAGAAGCACAACUAUGAGAGUGCCGCCGAGGCCAUCCAGGCCGUGCGUGACAACAAGCUGCAUGCUUUCAUCUGGGACUCAGCGGUGCUGGAGUUCGAGGCCUCGCAGAAGUGCGACCUGGUGACGACGGGGGAGCUGUUCUUCCGUUCGGGCUUUGGCAUAGGCAUGCGAAAGGACAGCCCCUGGAAACAGAAUGUGUCCCUGGCCAUUCUCAGUUCUCAUGAGAACGGCUUCAUGGAGGACCUUGAUAAAACCUGGGUGAGGUACCAGGAGUGUGACUCAAGGAGCAAUGCACCAGCCACACUGACCUUUGAAAACAUGGCAGGGGUCUUCAUGCUGGUGGCUGGCGGGAUUGCUGCCGGGAUCUUCCUAAUCUUCAUUGAAAUUGCCUACAAGCGUCAUAAAGAUGCCCGCAGGAAGCAGAUGCAGCUCGCCUUUGCGGCAGUCAAUGUAUGGAGGAAGAACCUGCAGGAGAGUACGGACACUUCUGGAAGCCAAGCGGCGGCGGGGACGCCCUCGUUACCCUCUUCCUCUAUAGAGACACAGGAUGAUAGGAAAAGUGGUAGGGCAGAACCCGACCCCCAAAAGAAACCCUCUUUUAGGUCCAUCAGUGCCACCCUGGCCUCCAACAUCAAGAGACGUAGGUCCUCCAAAGACACGCAGUAUCCCCCGACCGACAUCACUGGACAGCUCAACCUGUCGGACCCUUCGGUCAGCACAGUGGUGUAGCCAAGGAGAGAGAGAGAGAGAGGGACUUUCACUCCCUGGAGAGAGAGGAAGAGAGAGAGACAUUCGCUCCCUGGAGAGAGAGAGAGAUGUACGAUGGAGAAGAUGACGAUGAUGACGAAGAGGAAGGAGGAGACACCUUCGUCACCAAUCCCCCCCCCCCAACCCCCAUCCUGUUUUAAUCAGUUGCAGAGCGAUGACUGCUAAACGCCGAGAGCCAGCCCCUGUGAGCGGCUCCUAAAGACGCUAGGUUGUAUGCUAAUGGAGCUAAAGGGAAUUGCUAACCUUGCACCUUUUUUAAAGAAUCUGAGCAUGCACGGAUACUGUUCACACACACGAACGCACUCUAUUUCCCAAACAAACACUUCCCUUCUGUACAUUCUUAUGAGACUUGCUGAUACUUAUUGAAAAUCUUUUGGUCUCUUAUUUAGAAACAAUUACUUACAGCGUUGUGGUGUUUAUUAGCAGUCGUUUUUAUCUAUUUUAUCUACCUGCUUCAUUGUUUAUGGAGCCAUUUUAGUUGGUUAGUAAGAUUAUGUUUGUGGUUAAAAACCUGUUUGGUAAUUAAUAACCAUUUGCAUAUGGUCUAGAUCUAGGUCUUAUUUUUUUUUUACUUUCUCAAUAACCACAUUUGAAAAAACAGAGUACAGUGUGUACUAUCAAAUAGCAGUCUUUGUUAUCUCCAUAUAUUUAAAGAUUUCAAAAGUUUUAGGUUGUCUUCAGUUUUUAGGGAUGCAAGCAUUGCCAGGAAAUCACUGGUCACUAAAGAGAUUAACAACCUAUUUGUAUGUGAAUGAGAAUAUAUAAAUGACAAUUUACUCAUUCUUUCUAAAUGUGAGAUUUAUAGAGACUUGCUAUAUUUUCUUUGACAUAUAUCAUCAAAUGUGUGAUUUUGAAAUGACCUGUCACAAAAUGUAUGGUUCUGUUAGUUUUUUGGGCUUUUGACCAGUAACAACAUCAAUUUUCUGUGCCAAAUGAUCAACGAUCACCUGAAAUUAUCCCUACGUGCUUCCACCAUUCCUGCUUUCCUAUGGGACUUAUCACAGUCACACUUAUUGGCUGUACACAUUAUGUCCCAAUCCAUACCAUCAUACUGGCUAGUAUUUGUAUUUAUGUCAAGAAACAAUGGCAUCAAGGCUUUUGACCUUCGACUCCCCCCCCCUCCCCCCUCUCACCAAAAGCUAGUAGUUUGGGAAUGUCCCCUCCCCUCCUCUCUCUCUCUCCUGCUCAGUCUUUCUCCCCUCCAGGAUCCAGGGGUUGCAUCAGAGGGCUAUGUUCUUCAUCCAACCAGCACUUGAUCAUCCACGUAAAAGGUCUGCCCCCACCCUGUCCCGCACCCCCCUCCCUCCCUCCCUCCCUCCCUCCCUCCCUCCCUCCCUCCCUCCCUCCCUCCCUCCCGACCUCACCCGCGCCCAGGGACCUUUUGUAUGGAUGAGUUCCAAGUGGAUGGAAAAGUUUAGCCCAAGCCCGUGGCCCCUUGGAGCCGCGGGCUUCCCUUGGUUGGAUGCUUAAAACAGGCCUUUUCCCAUUUCCUGGGGCUGAGAAAGAACAACUGUUUGUUAUACGGUCCUGACCUCUUCUGAUAAGUGGCACUGCACAGCACUUUAAUGCUGAGGGACAUUCCCAAACUAGCAUGUUGGUAAUUGUACACAUAGCCAGUAUAAUGCGCGUUGAUCUGAUCCCAGAACAGAUUUUGGUUCUGAGAUGUGUUGUUAAAUAUGUUGUUUAAAAAGAAACCAAUUGCACACCCUCCCCAAUUAUCCUUCUAAACUUUAGUACUUUGCCAAUCUCUUUUGGCUUUAGGGGUUGUUUUUUGUUGUUUUUGAGACAAACACGUUGAUCUGCUAUCCCUUUAGAAAGAAGAUGAAGUCAGUUAAACAAACACACCAUCAAAUUCCAAACAAAUCAAUUUUGUAACUACAAGAUUGGCUUUAAGCAAAAUCCUGGCUUCAGAUCUGGUUUCCACGGUUACCCUAUGCAUGCUUGCCUGUCGUCAUCGUUGUUUGUUUGUUUCGGAAUGCUUGCUGUUGGUUACGACGCACAAGCCGGCGUCAGCGUGGACUUAAGCACUCCUGUUGUUGAAUGCUCUUUGGAUACCGUUUGCUGUACAGCGUGCCGACUGAAGGAGAUUGAAUUAAACGUGUAUUAUAAUUACAGCAGAGAAUGUCUUAGGCCGAUAUCUUACACCUUAAUGUUUAACACACACAUACAAACACACACACACACACACACACACACACACACACACACACACACACACACACACACACACACACACACACACACACGCUAGCUAAUAACACACAUGCACACACAUACAGGCACUCUAUCUGUAAACUAAGUUGUAAAUAAAAUUAAUCGCCUGUUAUUGGCAAUCCCAGCAAA